AUAAAUAAAAAUCUCAGCUAAUCCACUUCAGCGUCCUAUCGCGGAAAACCCUAAUCUACCAGUAUCAGUCUCGUAGAACCUCGAAUCAGUGUUCCAAAGCAAACAUGGCGUCUCAGGAUUUCGAUGAGCAGCGGCAGCCACCACAAGAAGCCGGGUACGACCCAAACUACGUCCCCGACUCCGUCAAAUCCUUCGUCGUCCACCUCUACCGCCACAUCCGCGAGAAGAAUGUCUACGAGAUCCACCAGAUGUACGAAACCUCUUUCCAAACCCUAUCGGAGCGUCUCUUCAAGGAUACUCCAUGGCCCUCCGUCGACGCCGUCGCUCACUACGUCGACAACGACCACGUCUUCUGCCUCCUCUAUAGGGAGAUGUGGUUCCGCCACCUCUAUGCUCGUCUUACCCCCACUCUCCGCCAGAGGAUUGAUUCGUGGGAUAACUACUGCUCGCUCUUUCAGGUUGUGCUCCACGGCGUUGUGAAUAUGCAGCUGCCGAAUCAGUGGCUUUGGGAUAUGGUUGAUGAGUUCGUUUACCAGUUUCAGAGCUUCUGUCAGUAUCGUGCGAAGAUGAAGAACAAAACUGAACAGGAAAUCGCUCUCCUGAGACAGUUUGAUCAGGCAUGGAAUGUUUAUGGGGUGCUGAACUACUUGCAAGCGCUUGUGGAGAAAUCUGCAAUUAUUCAGAUUCUGGAGCAGGAGAAGGAGGGAUUGGAGCAGUUUACUGCUACGGAUGGAUACGAUUACAAUGGGGGAAGCAAUGUGUUGAAGGUUUUGGGGUAUUUCAGCAUGGUUGGUUUGCUUAGGGUGCACUGUCUUCUGGGGGAUUAUCACACUGGUCUUAAGUGCCUGCUUCCUAUUGAUAUUACUCAGCAGGGUGUUUACACCAGUGUCAUUGGCAGUCACAUCACUACUAUUUACCACUAUGGUUUUGCCAAUCUUAUGCUCCGCAGAUAUGUGGAAGCAAUCCGUGAAUUUAACAAAAUCCUCUUGUACAUCUAUAAGACGAAGCAGUAUCAUAAUAAAUCGCCACAAUAUGAGCAGAUACUGAAGAAGAAUGAACAAAUGUAUGCCUUGCUGGCAAUCUGCCUUUCACUCUGCCCCCAAAGCAGGCUUGUUGAUGAAACUGUGAACUCUCAGCUCCGAGAGAAGUAUGGUGAAAAGAUGGGUAGAAUGCAGCGUUAUGAUGAUGAGGCUUUUGCCAUGUAUGAUGAGCUCUUCUCAUAUGCAUGUCCCAAGUUCAUUACCCCAUCAGCACCUAGCUUUGACGAACCUCUAGUAAAUUACAAUCAGGAUGCUUAUAGACUUCAAUUGAAAUUGUUCCUUUAUGAAGCCAAGCAACAACAGUUGUUAUCAGGCCUCCGUACCUUCUUGAAAGUGUACUCAACAAUCUCCCUUGCAAAACUUGCAAGUUACAUGGAAGUGGAUGAACCCACCUUAAGGACUAUCUUGACGACAUACAAGCAUAAGACACAUGCUGUUGAUAGUGAUGGAAAAAUUACAUCAAAUGCAGAUGUGGAUUUCUAUAUUGAUGAAGACUUGAUUCAUGUUGUGCAGUCUAAACCUGCCAAACGUUAUGGUGAUUACUUCUUGCGGCAGAUCGUCAAGCUUGAAGGGGUGAUCAACGAGAUGGACGCUAUAAAGCUGGAGUGAGUUGUUGCCCAUUAGCUCCUAAAUUGACUUCAUAAUUUAUCCUUUUUGGUUCCCUGUUUUACUUUGAUUAUCAGGCUGAAUUUUUCCUGAGGAGUCAGUAUGUUGUUUGGAGGUGGAGGAUGUAGUUAGCAUUCUAAAUGUAAUUUUAACUUUUCUUAACUUAAGUUGUUUUAUCUUAAGAAAUAACCCAUCCAUUUAUUGUUCCAAAAAAGAGGCUUAAGAAAGUUUCAUUAUUCUGGUGA